AUGCUAAUCUUACAACAGUGGGAGCCGUCAGUGGACCCAAACUUCCCAUCACAUAUCCCAUUCUGGAUAAAAGUCCAGGGAGUCCCUCUACAUCUAUGGAAUGAAGCAGUCUUGAGGAGCAUAGGAGAGGAUCUUGGAACCUAUGAAACCUGCGAGAUACUCCAAGGGACAAUGCGUAUGAGAGUUCACGUAAACGGCCUGCUACCACUGUUAACAACAUACACAUUGGAAUUGGGAAGUGGAGUGGAAAUCACAGUGAAACUGGUCUAUGAGAAAUUGGAAAAACAUUGUUCUCGUUGUCUAAGAUUGGAUCACGAAGCUGAAGAUUGCCCUGAAGCUAAAGUUGAAAAGGAUGUGGCUCAGCAGAGGAACCAUAGACAGGACUCGACCAACUCCAACCGUGUGAGAGAGGCAUAUACAGAGAGGAGGGAACACGAUAAGAGGAGUACUGGAGCUCAUAACCAGAGUGGUUACAAUCCGACUCGAGCAAACUCAAGGAACAGCCAUCAAACUCUUGGAGAAAGACAUUUUCCGCGAGACAGAAGAUAUGAAUCAUGGAGUUCUAAAGAACAUUCAAGAGAGGAGGCAAUAACAAAACCCUACCACAGAAACCAACACGCAGGAGAUCUGUUCCGCAACAGUCGAGAAGGAGAACGAUGGGUGGAAACAGGACGUCGCCUCCACAGGUCACCCCCUCAUAGAGAAAGAACAGAUACAAUGGAAAGAGGAAGAAAAUCCCCCUCCUCUCAUAGAGGGAGUAGAGACGCUGAUAGAAAUUUAUCCCAGUCCUACCGAAGCAAGGGAGCCGAGAUAUCCUCGGAAUCUCUACAUACCCCCGCUGCAAACCGAGGAGAAUUCGAAGGGAUCAGCGAAGCAAUACCUGAAGAAGUCAUGGCUGAGGCUAGAGAAUAA